AAAUAUUUCAACUAAAUCCAAACAUUUGGAGCCCAACUCUGGUAUGCGAUAUUAGCAUUUCGUGCUUCUAAAUUUCCACAAAUCCGCACAAAACUCCGCAUAUCAGAGAAUGAUCUAAGCAAAAAUUAUGAAUUUGGUGUCUUUCGUAUUUUCUCUAACCACCAUCAGAGGUACCAAUGUGAGUAACACCUACCAACCUCUUGGGAACAACGUUUUUGUACCAUCCAUGGGGUUCGGAGCGCAUACGAACGACGAAUAUCAAUUAAAAACAGCUCUAAAUAGAGCACUGGAAGUCGGCUAUCGCCACAUCGACACCUCUCCUUUUUAUAAGAACGAACAUAUCAUAGGAGAAGUUAUAAGAGAGUGGAUAUCAUCGAAGAAAUUAAAGAGAAAAGAUUUAUUCAUCACCACAAAAUUAGACACGCAUCCUGAUCACAUAGAAGAAGCUUUAAACAAUUCUCUUACCAAUUUGCAACUAAAACACGUCGAUUUAUACGUACUACAAAUGGAUGCAACAGAAGAUAUUAACAUUAUACACGCUUGGAAAAAAAUGGAACAGCAAGUAGAAUCCAAACGGACGAGAUCCAUUGGCUUGAAUGACUUCACCAAAGAACAAAUUCAGUCCAUCUUGAAAAUAGCUAAAAUCAAACCGGCCAGUUUGCACGUGAAAGUCCAUCCUUACAACCAGCAAUGGGAGCUGCGUUUAUUUUGCAAAAGGAGGAACAUUCUGGUAAUCAGUUACAAUCCUUUAGGUCCUGUUGGAGCGAUUGAUUCGGAUCCAGUUAUUAUAAAUAUAGCAAAAGGACGCAGGAAGACAACGAGCCAAGUGGUUUUAAGAUGGCUGCACCAAAUGCAUGUGGUGGUUCUACCAGCAACUCUCAAUUCCACGAUGAUACAGAGGAACAGUAAAAUCUUCAAAUUCGAUUUAUCCUACGAAGAUGUCGAGGCGAUUAAUGGUUUGGAUGAAGCACCAAGCGCAAGGACUCGUAACAUUGCAAAAAUUGGGGAUUAUCCGGAUUCGUUUAAACUCACCCAUUUGAAUGGAUAAAAACAACUUGGAUUAAAAUUAUUUUUAUUUA